AUGGAGUAUACUGCCACCAGACUGCAUACCAAACAGUUGCAUCAUCAACACAAUUGCAUCAUCAACAUUUAUGAUGAGGGGAGCUGCAUUCCUCCCCAUAUUGACCAUCAUGAUUUUUUUGGACCCUUCUGCACAGUGUCUUUUUUCAGCAAAAGCAAUAUACUCUUUGGAAAAGAGAUUGGCAUUGUUAGCCCAGGGGAAUUCAGAGGGUCAGUUGAGAUUCCACUACCUCUAGGAUCGGUUCUAGUAUUAGAUGGAAAUGGUGUUGAUUUAGCUAAAAAUUGCAUUCCAGGAGUGCGACAUCCCCGAGUUUCCGUAACCUUCAGAGGAAUGCGGGAUGACAAGAUACCACAAGGAUUCCUAUCAGAUCCUGAGCUGGAGAAGUUGCAGCCAUAUGAGUUAUGA